AUAUGUGGCAUUAAACAGUCACAGUGCAAUUAAUCAGCGUUGCUAGGGCGCCAUCACAACCGCUUCAACUUUUCUGAUUUUUAGACGAGAAAAACCAGAAGUUGCCGUGGAAAUUCUCAAAAUAUUUCAGAAAAUAUUGGUAACACUUGUUAAGAAAUAACUUUGUGCAGCAGCUCAUUAAAUCUGACGAAAAAAAAGAGGUAUCUGGACGACUCUUCAGGAGCUAGUGCAAGAUGCCAGUCAUUGUGGAGCUUCCAGAUGACCCCAAGCCAACCCCAGGAGGCCUUGGGUCAAAGGUCACAACCGAUGAACAGCCACCACCCCUCGGGGAUCAUCCACUGACUCAGCCCACCGAGGUAUCUCCUCAAAAGAAAACUUUGACGGAUAAACCAGUCUUCAUAACGGAGAGCACAGAAGAUGUCGGCAGCAAUGCGGGUGAUGCUACCAAGCAGCAAUCUCCAGAGACGGAGAUAAAACCGAAGGAGGAGGCGAAGACAAAGGAAAGUCAAGAGAAGAAAGAGGACAAUGACUAUCCAAGAAUAACGGAGAAGUCCCUGAAAGAGCAUUGCAAGCAGCACAAACUCUACCGCACUCCCGAACUGAAUGAUGUACUGUACUUGCAUUAUAAAGGAUACCAACAGAUUGAGAACCUGGACAAGUACACCGGGUUGAGGGCGCUCUACCUAGAGUGCAACGGCCUCCGCGUCAUCGAGAACUUUGACCACCAGACCGAGAUGCGUUGCCUGUACCUCCAGCAAAAUCUGAUCAAGUCUAUCGGCAACCUGGAACCCAUGCAGAAACUGGACACGUUGAACCUGAGUAAUAACCAGAUUGACAGGAUCCAGAACAUUGCUUGCCUGACGAAGCUCAACACCUUGAAUAUGGCUCACAAUCGUCUGACUACUGCCGACGAUAUCCGAGAGUUAGCUGCCUGUGAGAACCUGAGCGUGGUGGAUCUGUCUCACAAUCGAAUCAAUGACCCAGAGAUUGUGGACGUCUUUGCCGCAAUGAAGACUUGUCGAGUUCUGAACCUAAUGGGCAACCCUGUGGUUAAGAGGAUUCCAAAUUACCGCAAGACUCUCAUCUUGAAGUUGACCAACUUAACGUACCUGGACGACAGACCAGUAUUUCCCAGAGAGAGAGCGUGCACAGAAGCAUGGUUCCGCGGAGGUCGGGAAGCAGAAAAGGAAGAAAGAGAACGUUGGAUCAACAAAGAGAGAGCAAACAUUCAGGCCAGUGUGGAUGCUCUGACGCAGAUCCGCAAGCGCACCCAAGCCAACCGCCAGGAAACAGAGGAUGCAUCGAAAAAGGAACCUGCAUCCUCCCCAGAACCGGUCACCACUCCCCCGGAGGACGAGCACCUCUUCACGUUCGAUGUCAGUAAAGCGCCCUCUAGUGGCCAGAGAGCCAAGACGGGAAUGCUGAUAGAAGAAGUGUCCUCACAAGAUAGCAGCAGCGUCCAAAAGACGAGUUCAGACAUCACCACAGAGUUGGUUGAUGAAGAUGACUUGGAAACGAUCGAUCUACCAAGCGAGGAGAAAAUCAACAUUGAUGAUCUGCCUGAUCUUGAAGAUUUUGACACAAUGGACGACGUUGCCUCAGCAGGCCCGAGAAAAAUGCUGAUUGAGGAAAUACCAUCAGCAGAACCACCCAAUGGCAGAGUCAUGAUUUCUGAAAUCAGCCAAUCACAGGGUGAUGCUAAAAAUACCAGCCAAUCAGAUUCGUCACUGCUGGUGACCGAAGAGCCAGAUGACCAAUCACAUCCCUUGGUUGAAAACCUCAGCCAAUCAGGAAACAAGUCCAAAUCCCUCAUUGUUGAAAUGGACCAAUCGAAAACAGAGUCACCCAAAAUGGACCAAUCGGAAGGUGCCGACUCUGUGACAUCAUCAGGAACAGCCAAUAAGGUUUCUCUGAUCGAGGAGCUGAAGGAAUUUGGGGCUCGGAUCCCGAACAGCUGGCACGUUAUUGAAAAUGAAAAAUUGAGGAAAGAACAGGAAAACGACAAAUCAAACGGUGCUUCAUCGACAAGCUCUACGACCGAGAAAUCUAACGAAGAAAAGAUCUGGGAUCUUGCAGCCAAUGCCGGCUCAACGGUCGACAGGCCAGACCCAACCGAUUCUUGAAUUACCAUUGAAACGGAUUUCACCAAAGGGAAAAGAUAAACUAAUUUUCCCAGCAGUACUAAGGCAGUUUGACAUCAAAGUCAAUUAUUUUUCUGGCCAAAAUUGAAAUGUAUAGAACGCAGAUGUUUGGGAACUGUUUUAACAGUAAAGUUAAAUUAUUUGUGUGAAAUGUUCCCAUGUUCUCUGUCAUAUUUGUUCUCUAUGUGAUGUAAAUAAUUUGUUUGGAAUCUUUAGUGGAUGUGAUUGACUGCUUGGUGACAUGAACAUGAAUGUCUUCUGGUUUUCUUAAAAUAUUUUGUAUGAAAGUAGAAAAAGACGUGUCUGCCGUGUUUAUAACAUUACUGAUUUGUUAGCAUUAAAAUGUUUAACCAGAUUUUGCUAAAUAUGUAACAAAACAACACUGACAGAACAGACUUCAAAGGAUAAAUCAUCCAAACCCACAAAAUUUGAAUAUUUGUGAAAUUAUUUAAUUGAUUGUCGAGUUACUUGGUGCUUACAUUCCAUAGGGCCAAUGUACAUAAAUGUGUAGCUUCAUUUACGGUUUUUCAGUUGUCUUUCCAUAAGUGCCGAUCAGUUUAUUUUGUAUCCAUUGCGUACUUAGGCUUAAAUUACUACACGCCUAAAAAAUACGCAAAAUAAUUAUGUAACUGGAAAACUUACGAGGCAAAUUAUCAAUU